CGGCGCGCUACGUCACUCGGCGGCCGCUCGCCGCUCGCGUUCACAUCAAAAUAAACUCCGUCUAACAUUUUCAAUACAAAUACAACAGCAAUUAAGGCAAACAUCCCAAAUUAAUUACCUAAAUACUGUUCAGUGAUAGUUUAGAGUGCACAACGUGGUGUCCAAACCGGUUUCCGAAGUGUUUCGCAACGGAAAAGUGUGUUGUAUCGGUAUUAUUGUGAAGUUACGAGCUAAUAGUGCGGUGUUUGUGUGUGUGAGUGUUUGCCCACGUUUGCCCAGCUAGCCCAGGCUGCCCAGUGGGUCGGUGUCCAGCGCUGGGCUAGUGGGAAGUGGUGAAGAGUGUCGGCUGUGUGCAUCGGAGAUGACCUACAUUUAGAUGGACCGUGUCACAUGUAGGAUUAGAAGACUCCAGAAAGUUCGAGACGCUCCGAGAAUGUUCUAGAAGCAUGCUAUGAAAAUCCAAACGGUGGCGGGGACGCGCACCCUCAGCGGGGAGCCGCCGCGCUCCACCGCCUAUUACUACGCAGACCUCGAGAGGCUCAAGCGGAAGACCUCCGAGCCCCCUCAGGAAGCACCUCCCAACCCUGACGAGCUCAGCGAGUAUGUCGAAACAAAUGAAGUAGUCAACGACGGGGCUGUUAGAGAAGUUCCUCCAUUGAGAGACAGAGGACGCCAAUGGAGUCUUCCAGAAUACAACACUCCGGAAAAUUCUAGAAAGAUCGAGGAGACGUAUUCCACUGCGGGAACGUUUCCCAUGCCUGAACCGAAGGAGAAGGAGCCUUUGUUAGCUGAGCUGGAGGUGGUGGGUCGGUUGCCGCUGACGCAGCUGGAAGGCGCUGGUGGUGUUCGCCGCAGCAGAAGCUGGUACCUGUGCUGCCCGAAUGUGGCGGAUGAGGAGAUGUCCCGCGAGUCCUCGUGGCGGUAUUCCAGUCUACGGCCCGUGACGGCGCCCCCGGUGCCGGGACAUAAUGGAUUGAGUGUGCUGGUGAGCAGCGCGCAAUCAGGUCGCGAGGACGUGGCGUCGCUCCGCGCGGAACGCGACGCUCUCGCCCGCGCGCUGUCGGCGGAGCGCGCGCGCGGAGCGGCGGCGGCACGGGCGCACGACGCGCGGCUCGCGGAGCUGCAUGGUGUGAUCGCGGAGUUGGUGCGGAGGAGAGCGCAUGAUAAGCAGGCCAGGGCUAUACCUGAGGAGGAGGUGUCGGACGAGUGCGAGUCGACGACGCAGCCGGCGGGCGAGCUGGACAAUGACGCCGACAACUCGCGCACUGAACAGAACGACACAUCGUCAGCCAUCAGCCCGGAGCUGCCGACUCCUCAGGAGUCGAAGGUGGAGGCGACGCCGUCCGCCGUCGAGGACCUGCCCACCGACACCGAGACCAGCGUGCACGAUGUCAGAGCGGAGGGUCCGCGCGUGGAGGUGCGGCCGCCGUCAGCGGAGUGCGACACCAGCCUCAACCUCUCCGAGAGAGACUCCGACGUGUGUCUCAGCACCGCCAGAUGCUGCGAGGCUGUGGGGUCUGACUUGGCGGCGGGGUCUGGCGCUGGGGGCUCGGGCGCGGGGGGCUCGUGCGAGCGCGAGCGCGGCUCGCCCACAGAGCCGCGCCUACACACCCCUUGUGCUGGUCGGUGCGAGUCCCGGCAAGCCAAGAUGGCGUCCCGCGUGAAGUUGCGCCGCACAGACAACUCCGACUCCAGCGAGACCAGGAACAACGAGUGGUGGAGCUCUGAGCGCGUGUCGGAGCUGUGCGCGCGCGACCCGCUGCUGCGAGACGCGCUGCACGCCGCGCAGAAUGAAGGUUGCACGUGGGCGGCGCGGUGCGCGCGUCUCCGCGCGGAGCGGCGCGUGCUGCAGUGCGCGUUAGCACGGGCCGCCGAUACUGCGCACAGGCUGUACUGCGCGUGCGCCGUGCAGGAAUCCACCUCCGUGUCGCUGUGCUGCGCCCUCCGCGCCGCCGACCGCGCGCUCGAGACGUACGACGUGCUGCUCGCGCUCGCAGAGACGCAGCACGACCAGCACGACCAGCGCGCAGCAGCUGAGCUGGUAGCCUCCCAACUCCUCUCCCGCCUGGAGUCAGAGCAGAGCGGUGCGGUAGUGGGGGCACUACUGUCGCCGGGCCCCUGGCUGGCGCAGGCGGCUGCUACUGCCGCCCCGCGCUGGUCCCGCGCGGCCGAGCUGCGGCUGCGAGCGCACGCCGCGCGGCUGAAGGCCGACACCGUCGCGCUCAGGGACACGCAGACCGCGCCCAAGCUGUUCUCUUAUCAUGACGUGGAGGAGUCGGAGCUGGGCGCGGGCUGCAGCGCGGCGGAGAUGGAGGCGGCCGUGGCGCUGCACUCCGCGCUCGCCGCGCCGCACGCGCUCAACAAGCACUGCACGCACAAGAGCGGUUCGUCUCGGCGCAGUCGCCGCGCUCGGCCGCGUCACUGGCUCGACACGCAGGCUUCCGAGACCGACCUGUGAGCAUGCACUACUAGACAACACAGGGAUGACGGUCGGUAAUGAUACUACUAUACAUUGGAGUACGCAGUGGUUCAGCAAUAAUCACACAUGGAUGUACGAUGGAAACUUCAAAUUCAAUGUUGGAGUCAAAUGAACGAGCUACCCAACGGCAUAACCAAAUCAAAUUACCUUUAUUGUCAGGCUAUGUUGGCACAUAGAUUAACAUGUGUAAUGUGUAAAAUCUAAAUAAUUGUAAACGUUAAUAUUGAUAUAACCAAUAGACGACGGUGAAGAUAAAAUAGAACCGUAUUGUUUUGUUCAUAAGGUUGACAUUUCAAUAUUAUGAAUCUUACGUGUUAACCCAUCUGUGUCUAGAUAUAACAAAGAUAAAUGUAUUUAUGAAAAGACACGCGCAUGCGCGUUAUUCAAGCCAUAAUAAUCGAGUACAUACUAUAGAUAUUAGACGUUAAUACAAACUUGUAUUAUUGUAAACAUUACACGUACUCGCACACACUCAUACAAACACUCACUACUAUUCUCUCAUUCUAACUUAAACUCACACAUCUACAUGCACACAUACUUUGACAUAUACAUACACACACACACACACACACACACACACAUUGGCAUGGAGACGUUACGGACGGUAGCUUAUUGACAUAAGUCUCACAGAAUUGACUCGUUUCUUGUUUAUUGGCAAGAAUCUGUAUUAUCUCGAAUGUUAAGUUUUAAUGAAUGUGUUUUUUUUAAAGAGUAAUAAUGUAGUAAGUAAAUAAUCUCCUAAGAAUCUUUAUUUUAAAACUAAAAAAAAAUAUUGUUUCACAAAAACAUAUUUAAAAAUUGGUUGGCUUUUUUUAUUAGUUGUAAAAAACAUGAGGCUAUGUAUCGUCUCAUCGACAGGUUACCAACGUUAAGUUCAUCAUUGCGUGAGAUGGUGAGAUGUAUCCUCGAAGUUAUCUUAACUAUUGACAACUACCUGCUUGGUUAACGUAAUGUGAGUAACAGCCCUGCUGUACACACAUCUACUAUUCUCAAGUUAAUGAAGAAAAAUCACGUAUUUCAGGGCUUAAAGAAUAUUUUGAGAAAAAAUGUGUCUUGAAAUAUUUUUUGGGUAAAAAAACAUCAAACUUCACAUUAUAGUUCAUUAUCACUUUUUGACUUGUCACAGACUUGAUAUAUGACAACGGAAAUCAUCAAUAAUGUUGUUUUAACUCAAAUCUUAAUUUCGCUGUAGCAAACAGUAACACAUUGCGCGCGAACAUUACUAACAUGUCCGCGACACUGCAACCGCACAUGCUAGCUGUGGACUCAACACAUAAGAAUCACACCAUUUAGAUAAAAUAGUACAAACCUUUAAUCCUAAAUAGUAUUAGAGCGAAACUGUAUGUUUAUCACAUUUUCAUUAUAUUGUAGUGAAAGGUGAAACCGCGGGCAAUGGCUAGUCUUCAAUGCAAAGAGUAGUUUACGUCUAACCGCUGUAUAAAUGAUACCACGCUUCAAAUAAUAGUAAUGACUUCUAAUACAUCAUACUUUAAUUGUUUGACUAACAAAUUGAUGUUUAAGAGGGAGACAGUCACUCGACAUAGACAUUAUUGUAAGGUAUAUUACAAUAAAAAUCUAAUCCUCUAAACCCUACGGGCAAAAACAUAAUAUCAUCAAAUAUAAUUGAAGACAUGAGUGGAUGAAGGUGAUAUGUCGCAUUUUUAGAGUUUCGCUGUUCUAUGCAUGGAUGAUGAUGUUAUAUACAUACAAACAAUUUUAAACCUUAAAACAACCCCUUUUGUGGCUAUUUUAGAAAUUCACUACUUGAUGAAGGUGUCAUGUAUACUAUUAUUUUUAAUGAAUAUUGGAAGAAAGUGGUACGGGCACAUAACAUUUGUAUAGAUGCCUAAAAAGUAAAAUAAUUUUAAAAUAAUAAGUUUCUGCAAUGGACGAAGGAGCUAUGUGGCAUUUUUGCAUGGCAAAAUUAGUUUUAGUCGUGAAGUGGAUUAGGAUUGAUGAAUACGGUUCAUAUUUAUAUAAAGAGUCCUAUGACGAAAUGACACCAUUCCAAAAAGUAGAUAUUUAAAAAAAAAGGGGUCAGAUUAAUCCA